GCUCUCUUGAAUUGUCAUUACUCAUACGCAAUUAAUAGACCUAUACAAAGUCCUAUGAAUAGGCCCAAGUGCAUUUGUUUUUUAAAAAGUACCUUUUUAGAAAAUAUGUUUAAUGUUUCGUCUCUCUAUAUGUUACUAAAUUAUUUAGUUUCAAAUCGCUGGGAACGUUAGAUAUUUCAUGAAGAAAAUAUUUUUUGAUAUGUUGUUAGAUACAUAUUAGUAUACAAUCUCCAUGUUAUUGUAAUAAUUGUAUUAAUUUUAAGAUCUUUGAACAUCAGACAUUUCCAAAAAAGGAACAUAAUUUCAUUAGUUGAGCUAAUCUCUCUGAGACAGCCACGAAAAUCCUAAAUCUCCAAAAUCGCUUAGCAACUGCGCAGAGUUGAAUGUCGUCAUUUCCAUCUACAGUUUACACUUCCGUUGCAAUGUCAUCGAAUUGAGUUCAAUAAUAAGUACGGAAUAUGGUAAUGGAUAAUGGUAGUUGAUAGCUGAUACAUGUUGUUGGGGAUUGCAUCAUGUGCUUAAAAGGAUAUCUUUUAAAAUUUCUGUUUUACAAAAAUACUGUUGAUGCCAACUCGCCUUUCUCAGUUAAAUUUUCGCUUUCUCAAGAAGGUAGGAGUGGGUGCUCGUGAUUACGUAGUAUAUGUGCACCUACAGAACCACAAUGUUAUCGGGAAGCACCUGCGAAAACUCGUUAAAUGAUCCUGAUUCCUCACAAUUCCACACUGAAGCAUCAAACUGUGCAACCUCAAUAAUGGGUGCUGACUUUAGUAAAAUUUUUAAUGUUGCUGGUGUAAGCAAUACUGAUUCUACACAAUCAAAUGCAAACGUUAAAGAAGAGGAAAAAGGAGGAGACGAAACAGAAGAAGUAAAAGCUCUUUCUCCUGAGAGUGGUCAGUCUGAUUUGAAGUUCUUAAGCAACUGUAUUUCUGAAACGUUAUUAAGCGAAGGAAGAACAGAUGAUUUUAAUGAUGGCGAAGAUUCAGCCACGGAAAGUUUAGUAACACUUGAAGAAAAUUCAGAAGAACCCCAUGACCGUUCAGACGGGUCCGAUUCCGGCAUGGGCUCGGAAAUAUGCGAAGAAAAAUCGGCGGAAACGAGAAAUUCGGCUGGCACAGAAAGUGAUUCCGAAAACUGCUUUCUAGACCAUUCUGAAGAAGAACAGCAAGAAAAUAUUGAAGUAGUACCAGACGAUGCAGACGACGGUAUAAAUUUAUCUCUGCAGAACAACGCAUUGUUUGCCAAGCCGAAGCCAAUCUCAGACAUUCCCGUACUCCUUAAAAGUAAUCUGAAAAGAAAACUGUCUCAAGGCAGUGAUGAGAGUCAACCGAAAUGCAAAAAGAAAAAGGGAAUAACAUUUGAUUCCGUUACGGUGUACUACUUCCCUAGAGCUCAAGGGUUUACUUGCGUGCCUUCUCAAGGAGGUUCGACUCUGGGAAUGAGUUCUCAACAUACUCACGUGCGCCGAUUUUCAAUUCUGGAACACGCCAACGAGCAACGAAGACUUCAUCGACAACUCCUUCAACGGCUACGUUCUGAAAGAAAUUCUACUUCUAUAACGGGCACAUCCAGCGACGAGAGCGAAAGCGAAGAAGACAUCACAGACGGCUCCGAUUCGGAAAUGGACCUGGACAAUUAUUACUUCCUUCAACCCGUGCCCACGCGUCAAAGAAGGGCCCUCUUACGUGCCGCAGGUGUUAGGAAAAUCGAUUCGAUGGAAAAAGAUGAAUGCCGUGACAUCCGCACUUCUCGUGAGUUUUGCGGUUGCGGGUGUAAAGGAUACUGUGAUCCAGAUACAUGUUCUUGUAGUCAGGCGGGCAUUAAAUGUCAAGUCGAUCGGCUCAACUUCCCGUGCGGCUGUUCCCGGGACAAUUGCGGCAAUUCUAGCGGUAGAAUCGAAUUUAAUCCCGUAAGAGUUCGGACUCAUUUCAUCCACACUCUUAUGAGACUAGAAUUGGAAAAGAAACAGAAAGAGGCGGAACAAAAUAUGGAACGAGUAAACAAAAAUCCAAAUUUAGCAUGGAUGCAAAACGAGAGGCUUGCUGGAUACGUGGAACAAUCUGAAAGGGAUCAAAACAACAAGUACAACGGGAAUUUCAUCAGAGACGUUAAUUUAAAUUCUAACAUGGAAAUGGAGUCUUGUGUGCAUAAUGGAAAUUUUACUAAUCUCCACUACGGAGCUCCAGGAGAAGGACCGGGGAAUAUACCGGCUCAUAACUCGUCUUUUGCUGAUCUCCCUGCACGCGAAGACUCGCUAGAUUUGUACACUUUUAGAGAAGACUGCUACCACGAUGUAGGAAAGGACACUACGUCUUUGGAACGAAAACAGCCAUUUCCUUCUAGCCAAGGAUUCCACUUUCCCGAUCCUCGCUUUCCCGAAACUGGUUUUACAUCGAGCGGUUCGUCUUACCCGACAACAUCUAAUCAGUAUGCACAACCUUACCAAUCCAAUUUCCCCGAGUUUUCCCCUGUCUUCAGCCCAUAUGCAGGAAUGUACACUCCAGAAUUUGGAAAUAAGUCUUUCGAAAAUGGCUUUUUACAAAGCGGAAACCUCGAAAAUUUCCCUUCGAACACGACAGACAAUUUUUCUGCUAGCGUGGAACCUAAAGAAAACCAAUACACUAGUUUAAGUCCCAUGGGAACAAACAAUAAAAUAGAAUCAUUUUCCGAUCUACUAAACGGACGAUACAAUUAUUCAACAUACGAUGAGUCUAAUAAUUAUGCCGUAUUGGGCAAUUCCAGUAUGUCUGAUGGAGCACCAGAUGGACAAAGGGUUUUAAGAGAAAAGGGAGAGUCUAGCACAAGUACUAGUACGACAAGCGACGACUGUGAUGAAAAUUUCGGAGAAAUUAUCAAAAAGACAAUGGUGGAAACUGUGUCCGCAUAAGUAUUAAAAUCGUAUUUAUAAAUAUAUUAAUAUAUUAAUAUAAAUGGUAGAUAUUACGCCCUAUAUGUUAUUGAAACUUGUAAAGAUUUAUAUAAAACGUAGAAAUCUGUAAGAUAACAUUCGUGUUUUAAUCAAUGUUGUGAAAAUCAAAAUAGUAAACGGAACUGAUCAAAUAGAUAAAAAUAAAUAAAGUUUCGGUUUUCAAAUAUUA